AGUGUCGCCCACACUGAAUCAUUGACCCCUCUAUUUCGUCUUCCUGUCAUCAUCCUCUUUCUCUUUCUCUUUCUCUCGUUCUAUUCUUCGGUUUCAGGGCACCAAAUAAGCUGAAAGGAGGAUCUAUCGCAACCUUGCCACUUGCUCUUUCUCUCAGGGUUUCGCAAAUGGCUUCGAAGCGGAUCUUGAAGGAACUGAAGGAUUUGCAGAAGGAUCCUCCUACUUCUUGCAGUGCAGGUCCUGUUGCAGAAGAUAUGUUUCACUGGCAGGCAACAAUUAUGGGACCUCCAGAUAGUCCUUAUGCUGGAGGUGUUUUCCUGGUUACUAUCCAUUUUCCUCCAGAUUAUCCCUUUAAGCCUCCUAAGGUGGCAUUUAGAACAAAGGUAUUCCACCCGAAUAUAAACAGCAAUGGUAGCAUUUGCCUUGACAUCUUGAAGGAGCAGUGGAGUCCAGCUCUAACCAUCUCGAAGGUGCUGCUUUCGAUUUGCUCGCUGCUAACAGACCCGAAUCCUGAUGAUCCACUGGUGCCGGAGAUUGCUCACAUGUACAAGACAGACAGGACCAAGUACGAGACAACUGCGAGGAGCUGGACCCAGAAGUAUGCCAUGGGCUAAAGGAAAUAUGGUAUGUGCAAUGGGAGGGCCCUAUUAUUGUAAGUGUUCGAUCAUUUGGCGUAAAGAUGAAUGUUCUUCUGUCUCUUGAAACCUGAAAUGUACUAAGGAAGAGGUCCAUAGCUAGCCUGUUGGUUGAAAAAUGAAAAGAAACUCGUGUUAUUUUCCAAUUGUUUGUAAUGUGAUAUUAAGAACAAUGAGCUGUGUCCUUUCCUCCA